GAAUGUGGUCGUGCUCACCAGAAACUGACUGAAAAACUGCUUCCUGCAUGCUCACCACACAGAUGCAGCAAGAACUCAGAUCUUAAAUAUCACACAGGAAAUCAGUGGCCACCGGCCCUGGCCCUCUGUCCACACCUAAAGGUUUAAAAGUGUGAGCAUGAACAGGUGACAACUGAGGACAGCUCAGACCUCUGAAGAUGUUCCUGCUCCUGAUCGUGGUGGUGGCUGUCCUGCCAGUCAGCACUGAAGGAGGAGAAAUAAUUUGGGGUAAAGAGGCCAAACCCCACUCCCAUCCCUACAUGGCAUUCAUAAACUAUACCGAUAGCAAAUCACAACCAAGUCGAUGUGGUGGUUUCCUGGUGGAGAAAGACAUCGUAAUGACAGCAGCUCACUGUUAUUCAAGAAAACUAACUGUAACCCUGGGUGCUCACAAUAUCAAGAAAAAGAAUAACACCCAGACCAUUCCUGUUAUUAAAGUCAUCUGCCACAAGGAAUAUAGUAGUAAAAAAAGGGUCAAUGACAUCAUGUUACUGAAGCUGAAACACAAAGCUCAAAUCAAUAAUGCUGUGAAGACCAUUGCCCUUCCAAAGAGCAAUGACUGGGUGAACCCUGGGCAGGUGUGCACAGUGCCAGGCUGGGGAAAUGAGGAACAUUGUCAUCGUCCUAACAAACUUCGGGAAGUGAAGCUAGAAGUUCAAGAAAGCAAGAAGUGCCAAAAAAUGUAUAAAAGUUACAACAACUCCAUCCAGUUCUGCGUGGGAAACCCCGAGAAAAACUAUGCUACUGCUGAUGGAGAUUCUGGAGGACCCUUUGUGUGUCACGGGGUAGCCCAGGGCAUUGUAAGCCAACACCAUUGCACUGGGGACCUUCCUGAGGUUUUCACCAGAAUCUCAAGCUUUCUACCUUGGAUUCAGAAAACAAUUAAACUCCUCAACAACCCUAAUAGACAAGUCCUGUUUCAGGACCAAUGUCCGAAAUCCUAGGGUACAGAUAUCUGAGUCUUAAUAAAGACAUUUAUCUUCAUAAAA